AUGGAGGGAUUGCAAGAUAAGAGAAAGAAGGGGAGUGUGCUAAAAAAGACAUGGGAAAGAUGCAAGUCUAUAGGUCAUGGUCAAGUACUAGUAAGGGCACCUUCAUCAAGUCUUCUUUCGAUACCAUCGUCACCCGAUCGUAGUCGUAUGGUGAAGAGCAAAUCAUGGUCAGCACUUUGCCCUUCGAGCCCUCUUAGCCCACGACUCGACAAAUUAUCUGGAUCGAAUAAUAGGAAUCCUCGGGUGAGCCCUUUAUCACCCAAGGGUUGCUUAUCGGUCUACGUGGGGCCCGAUAAGCAAAGGUUUGUGAUCAAAAUUAGUUGCACAAACCAUCCCCUCUUUAAGGUGUUGCUUGAACAGGCUGAAUCUGAGUAUGGGUUUCAUGAUGGCCCUAUAAUGCUUCCCUGUGAAGUUGACUUGUUCGUCAAAGUUUUAUAUGAGAUGGAAGCAAAUGAUCCUGAGGAUAGCACCAACAGCACACGGUGUAGGUUUCCUAGAAGAAGCAGCUCGUAUCACCUUCUCACCACGUCUAGUAGACUAAUUGCUUGA